AAGAGGGGUGAGGGUGAGGAGCCGGCUUCCUCCCCGCCAUGGGUCCACCAGCAUCGUGAAGUGGACGUGAACACGAGGGGAGAGGCACGAAGACGUGAACACAAGCUCGGGGGGGGGGGGGACGAGGGGAGAGACACGAAGACGACGACGAAGAAGACGACUGGGGGGGGGCAUUGCUUUCGAGGAGGACACGGGACGAAGGCAGAGGGCGGUGAGAGCUCGCAUCACACCGCCUCGUCUGAUGCCGCUGAUUGAUCGGUGCCAUGGAAGAACUGCACAGUCUGGACCCUCGACGACAGGAGUUGCUCGAAGCCAGAUUUAUCGGAGGAGGAUUCAAGACUGCACAGGUUAACAACGAAGCUUCCAACCAAAGUUUGGGGAGCCAUGGCUCUCUAAGUGACAAGGAAACAGAGCAAACCCCUGAGAAAAAAUCACAAGACAGCAGAGGGAGAAAGCGCAAAGCCGAUGGUCAGAGUGAUCCCAAUCAAAACAAAGGGUCUUCAAGAGGACCGAAAAUAAGUGAUUAUUUUGAGUUUGCUGCAGGAGGUGGUUCAGGAACAAGUCCGGGAAGAAGUGGCCCUGCUCUGGCCAGGAUACCUUCACAACAUUCUCUGUCACAGCCACCUAUGGCCCAGGGAAGCCCACCAUCAUCUGCGUCUACUCUCGGGGAGCAUUCUGUUGCAUCACACAGACAUUUCCCAGUUUGCGUCUCACAAAAGAAUAUCCAGACUGAAAUAACAAUGGACAAGAUAAAGAUGCUGGAAAAUAACCAGAGCUCAGACCUGGAAAAGAAGGAAGGGAAAAUCGAUGACCUCUUAAGGGUCAACUGUGACCUGAGGCGACAGAUUGAGGAACAACAAAAGUUGGUGGAAAGGUACAAGGAAAGGUUAAAUAAGUGUGUGGUCAUGAGCAAGAAGCUUCUCAUUGAAAAGUCAGAGCAGGAGAAGCAGGCUUGCCGGGAGAAGAGCAUGCAGGACCGGCUGAGGCUCGGGCACUUUGUCACAGUGCGGCAUGGGGCCACCUUCACCGAACAGUGGACGGAUGGCUCAGCUUUCCAGAACCUCAUCAAGCAGCAAGAGUGGAUUAACCAGCAAAGAGAAGACAUUGAGAGGCAGCGGAAGCUUCUGGCCAAACGUAAGCCACCCACUGCUGGCCACUCAGCCAGCCCAAUGCCGGCUGGGGAGCAGAAGCAGCGGAAGACCAAGGCUGUUAAUGGUGCUGAUGAGGGCUUCCUCAAGCCUGCCACACCACAGUUAUUAACAGUUGCAGAGUAUCACGAACAAGAGGAGAUCUUCAAAUUGAGACUGGGACACCUCAAGAAGGAGGAGGCAGAAAUCCAAGCAGAGCUGGAGAGGUUGGAGCGAGUGAGAAACUUGCACAUCCGGGAACUCAAACGCAUUCACAAUGAGGACAACUCACAGUUUAAAGAUCAUCCCACGUUGAAUGAGCGGUAUUUGCUGCUCCAUCUGCUGGGUAGGGGAGGCUUCAGUGAAGUAUACAAGGCCUUUGACUUGCAAGAGCAGAGGUACGUGGCAGUGAAAAUCCAUCAGCUGAACAAAAACUGGCGAGAUGAAAAGAAAGAAAACUACCACAAACACGCUUGUCGAGAGUACAGAAUACACAAGGAACUGAAUCAUCCAAGAAUAGUCAAGCUCUAUGACUACUUCUCACUGGAUACAGACUCGUUUUGCACAGUGCUGGAGUACAUCGAAGGCAACGACUUGGACUUCUACUUGAAGCAGCACAAGCUCAUGUCUGAGAAGGAGGCACGCUCCAUCAUAAUGCAGAUUGUCAGUGCUCUCAAAUAUCUCAACGAGAUCAAGCCACCCAUCAUCCACUAUGACCUGAAACCUGGUAACAUCCUUCUAGUGGAUGGCAAGUCAUGUGGGGAAAUCAAGAUCACAGACUUUGGCCUCUCCAAAAUCAUGGACGACGAUAACUACAAUGCCGUCGAUGGCAUGGACCUGACGUCGCAAGGAGCCGGAACAUACUGGUACCUGCCUCCUGAAUGUUUUGUUGUGGGCAAGGAGCCACCAAAGAUAUCCAACAAAGUGGAUGUGUGGUCUGUAGGAGUCAUCUUCUACCAGUGUCUAUAUGGGCGAAAGCCAUUUGGCCACAAUCAAUCGCAGCAGGACAUCCUCCAGGAGAAGACCAUACUGCGAGCCACGGAGGUGCAGUUCCCCGUCAAGCCUGUGGUAUCAAAUGAGGCAAAGGCCUUCAUCCGCCGCUGCCUGGCCUACCGGAAGGAGGACCGCAUCGACGUGCACCAGCUGGCGGGCGACCUGUACCUCAUGCCACAUAUUCGCAAGUCCCCAGCCAAUACGAGCGCCAACACGCCCAGCUCCUCCGCUACAGCAGCAUCCUCCAACAGCAACUCAAAUUGACGGCAUGAGGCCUCAGCGCAUGCCACACGGACACGCUGCGCCCUUUGUGCUGCGCCCUCCACUCGGCACGAAGAGGACGGUGAUUGGUGUGCGCAGUGCAAGACGUUGCCGAGGUGGUGGACCACUCAGUGGCAGCUGUUUUCGUGAGGACGAGCAUGUGAAGACGUGUAAAUUAGCGGCUUCAUUUGUCCGGUGUUCCACGCCUGAAGGCGAGCCAGUAGAAACGACCUCAUGGAUCCUCGAGUGCUGAACGCAGCGAACUUGUCCUCGGCGCCAAAGAGCAGCCCAGGAAGAAACGUUGGAGGCAUAGCUUAGCCAUAUGUGAUGAUCUAGCUUUACUACUCACAACUUGCAUACAUACUGUUGCUCUCCAGCUGCCGUCCCUAUUUUUUUUUUAACUACGGUGGGAUGUGGUAGUCGGCAUAUUGUACAGACUAAAUGUAUAUUAAAGGGAAGCUUCAGACUAAAGCUGCACGUGCAUGGGUAGUAUAAAGAGAAACAAAAGAUACUGUGUAAAUUACCAACAUUGACUUUUAGCUGCAAGUGAGCUAAAUGAGACAAAGCUAAAAGGACGUAUCACUGACAUCUGUGGAAUCCAUUGAAAUGAUGUAAUAAAAUCACUUGAAUAAUAACGAAAGAAGUUGCUCUCAUGCUUUAGAAACUACAAAAUUCCAUGUGUACAAAUGUACACAGCAAUGUUUUGAAGCUGGAAAGUGGUUUCCACCUGCCACACUUAAAAAUGCGGUGCUUGCAGGUAAGCUACGUAUGUGGCGAAUUCUACACUGCACAGUGGCUAGGAAUCGCUGCAGAUGGGAACAGCUCUGCCAAAUAAAACAAGAAACUUGCUGUUAGGUGCUGCACUUAAUGUCAAUGAGGGAUUUUAUGCAAGCAAUAUGUUAAUUGCAAGAGCAUGAAUGAUUUUAUAAUUCAGAAGAGCGCCUUUUUCGUGUGCUAUGACAACUACAAACUUCGGGGGUUUUGCUGUUGAUUGCUUUUGCACUGCAGCUCAUACAAUCGUGCCUGCCAGCCUCAUGUGCUCAUGAGUUGUGUGUGGGCGUUCACUACGAAAGCUCAAAUCAAAUUCAUCAAUAGUGUGUUAUCCUUGAUGUUUAACAUUGCCGCUAUAUUGUACAGGUCAAUGACUUUAAGAAAACCUUUUCUGCCAAGUCACUGCAUGGAGCUGUGUAACGGCAUGCAGCGUGUUGUAUUGUUUCAUUGCGAAGUGGAUACAUGUACGAGCGUAUAACGAUUUUGAUUUAUUGAUGUUUGAACAGUGAAGCAGCAUUUUUAAUUCCCCUCUCCUCUGGUUUUGAGAACCACAUGUUUGAGGCUGGAGGCUCCACUGCAUCAGCUUUUGAAUCAAAAGCGUGGGCAGUGGCGGCAGUGCCUCGACUGCCAUGAUUUUACAUUCACUGUGAAUUUCUCUAAAACGCCCUGUGUAACCAGGCGUGUAAACAUUGGUUUUGAUCUUCUGUUUGAUGUUCACCACUUUACAUAACGUUAAACAGCUGCUGCUUUGUGUGUAGGUCUGAGCUGA